GGCCAAUGAGAACGGCGCUUGCAUGUUUUGCUAGGCUUUUCUCAGAGAGAUCGACCGACGAACGGCUGGAAUGUUUUCAAACCCAGCGAUGAACGUCACACAGCCGUAGGCUACGGUUAACGUCCAUAAUUUUUAGGAAAUAACGUUUAAUAUUGUGCAAGAGUUUUAUUUAGAGGAAGGUGAAUGAGUCGGCGGGAACAUGUACCCUGAUUUAAAGGUGCAUGAUGAGCCGACUGUGCUGUAGCCGUCUAAGCUAGUCAGGUGUCGCACCAUGGCCAAACCUGGGAGCGACCGAGAUGGAGCCAUGGUGGAUAAGCAGGCGGGGAAGAAGAGCAAAGACAAGUUGUCUCCGUUCACCAAAACUCCCAAAUUGGAUCGGAGUGAAUUACUGGGGAAGGAAGGAAAAGCCAAGUCUUCCAUGAAGCGCAAGCUCUCCUUCACUGCAAGUCCGCCCCGGACGGAGGAGCGGGACUCAGACACUGAUGACUCAGACCCAGGCCAGUCGAGUGAGACCUGGGGAGAGAGAUUAGUGGCUCCCUGCAGGAUAUACGCAGAUAAAGACGGACCAGAUAAGAAGAAGGUGAAGAAGGAGGCUGGAAACAAGAGAUCGCAGGCGUCCAACCUGCUGUUUGGCUAUCCUCUGUCAGAGCGCAAACAGAUGGCUCUGCUGAUGCAGAUGACGGCCAACAGUCCAGACUCCACACCCAGUCACCCGUCUCAAACCACCCCCGUGCAGAAGAAAGUUCCCAGCAGCACCUCGUCUCGACAGAAAGAUAAAGUCAACAAGAGGAACGAGCGCGGGGAGACUCCCCUUCAUAUGGCAGCCAUCCGAGGAGACGCAAAGCAAGUUAAGGAGCUCAUUAGCCUGGGAGCUGAUGUCAACGUCAAAGACUUUGCAGGUUGGACGCCUCUUCAUGAAGCCUGUAAUCUGGGCUACUACGACGUUGCCAAGGUUUUAAUAGCAGCAGGUGCAGAGGUGAACACGCAGGGCCUGGAUGACGACACGCCGCUUCACGAUGCUUCCAGCAGCGGACACACAGAUAUUGUGAAGCUUCUCCUUCGUCAUGGUGGCAAUGCCUUCCAAGCGAACAAGCGCGGCGAGCGGCCGGUGGAUGUGGCCGACUCUCCGGAGCUAGAGCAGCUAUUAAAGGGAGAGGCUUCGCUGUCGGACCAAGAUGACAGCUCCUCAGAAUCUGAAGACCUUCCAUCUGUCAAUCCCUCCAGCGUGGAUGACAACAUGGAGGACACCGACACAGAGAAGGACUCAGACGGCAAACUGGCAACCAAGGCAUCGUCCGUGGCAGGACUGGACGAGUACGAGUUCAAGGACGAGGACGAGGAGGAGGACCUGAGCAAAGCCCUGAACGACAGACACAUCCUGAGGAGGGAGCUGCGGCAGCGGGAGAAGGAGGACAAAGAGAGGAAUCAUGUGGCAGGGAAGCACAGCAGCAAAGCAGAGUCUUCCUCAAAGUCUAAAAAGCAGAAGACUCGCAUCAACUGCAGCUCCGACACCUCCAGCGACGAAAUGGAAAGUCUGUCCGGAAAGAGGAACUCUCCCACCUGCUCGCAGAGCUCCGAGGGCCACAAGCCGGAUACCCGAGCCAAAAAGGACCACAUGGAGCAGAAGGACAAGAGCAAAGUAAAGAGGAAGAGCAAAAGCCAGAAUAAAAACAAGGAGAACCAGGAGGAUGGCAAAGAGAACAGUAAAACGCUAGCCCUGUGUCUUUCAACUGUGUGUGAGAGCAGCGAGAAAGGUCGGGAAGAGGACUCCUUCAAGAUGUCUUUCAGUCCAAAGGAUGACUCCUCCGUCCACCUCUUCCACCUGUCAUCCAUCAAGUCUCCUAACCUGAACCACAGCCUGGCAGAUAAACAAACCCCACUCAAGCAGGAAAACACUAAGAUGAGCGUGCCCCUCAGCGACGGCCCGUGUCCGGUGGACGCCGUCAAAUACAACCACUACGCCGACGCCGAGUUCUGCACUGAAGGCUCCAGCACCAAGGGCUGCAAGCACAAGGAGAAGAGCAAGCACCAGCAGAGAGAGUGCAGCGGGGACGGGGAGGACGUCAGCCCCUGCAAAGACAACAGCACGGACAUCGGCGAGGGCGCCUUACGGAAGACGGACGUGGACGGAAAAGUAGUCAAAAAGCAUAAACUGAAACACAAGGAGAAGGACAAACACAGGAGGGAGUACGAGGCCGAGCGCAGCCGCCACAGGCAGAAGGAGGCCAGGAAGGACGGCCACAGGAAUUUGGAGUUUGACAGAGAGUUCUGGAAGGAAAACUUUUUCAAAAGUGAUGAGACAGACGAACCUCUGGGAGUAAAAAAGGAAGCUGAAGACAACAGCUCGCUUCAUAAGGCGCUGGAAUCCUCUCCUGUCAAAGAGGAGAAAAUCGUCAAGGAGAAACAUUCCAACAGCAAGGAGAAGAGGAUAAAAGAGGAGCGAGAGAGAGACAAGACCGUGAAGAAGGAGCGGAAAGAGGAGAAGCUGAAGGAUUCCAAACCCAGUGAGCACGACGAAAGAGUGGAGUGCCCCGGCUCCGGCCGCGAGGACUCGCUGCAGAGCGGCAUGAAAGAGGAGCUGGAGGAGAAGCCAGUAAGUGGAGUCACAGCUGAUCAGGAACAGCUGGAGCCUUCAGAGAGAGCCGCACGCAAGAAAGCAGACAGGAAGCUCCCAGGAAAGGAGAAGGAUUCCGAGAAAAUGGAGAGAAGGCAUCUUGACAAGGAAAAGAAGGUUAAAACAGAACAUUCUGACAGAACUGAAACCCAGAACUCAGUGGAGCGUUGGAAAGAAAAAGAAAGAACAGGAGUCAUUUCUUCCCUCUCACCUGGAGACAAAAGCUACAGAGAAAACGAGAAACCCAAAUCCUUCUCCACUGCAAAAAAGCAUGAAGACGGCAGGAAAAAUAAAGAAAAGCCCGACAAACGCUCCGACAGGGAGCGGCAGGACAGAGACUACGGUGCAGGAGACCACAAGGAAAAAGAUCGAGCAAACAACGAAAAGAGAGGGAAACCUCUGGAGAAAACCUCUGAUCACAGCAAAUCGGACCGAUCCAAGGAGAAGGACUGUGACAGGAAGAGGAGAGAGAAGGUUAAAGAUGGAGCUCUGUCCUCGAGCUCCAAUCUGAAAGCAGUUCUAGACGAGAAGAGAGGCUUCCUGUCAGAGAGUGCCAAAGUCCUGUUCUCCAAAUCUAAAGAGGAGGUUGUGAGAACGCCAGAGAAGGAUCGUGACAGGCGAGACCAGGACCGAGACCUGGACCGACACAGGGACAAAGACCGGCACAAGGACCGGUCCCAGCAGGCAAAAGUUAGCAAGCUCAAACCCAGCGAGGUGGAGGCAGACAAGAACAAAUCCAAAACCUCUCCAGCAGCACGAGACGCCAAGCCCAAGGAGAAGCGGCUGGUCAACGACGACCUGAUGCAGACCAGCUUUGAGCGCAUGCUCAGCAUGAAGGACCAGGAGAUCGAGCUCUGGCACCGCAAGCAUUUGGAGAAAAUCAAGCAGAAAGAGCGGGAACGGCUCAAACAGCGGCCUCUGGCCGAUGCUGGCCGCUCCAAACCGAAAGAGCGGACAAAAGCAGAACCCUCUCUGAGUAAGGAGCUGAUGCGCUCCAAAAGCUCUGAAGCUUCUGACGCUUCCUGCAGAGACAAGCCUCUGAAAGACGUCACCGGCGCCAGAACCGUCUCUCUGGAUGGACGCAGCCUCCCCACAAUCAACACCAAGGUCAUGACGGCCGUGGAAAACUGUCUGAGCAGGUCGCCGCGGCCCGAGAGCGAACGCAGCGGCCUCAUGUCCCGAUCCGUGUCUCUAGUGUCUGUAGCCAGCUCCGAGGAUUCCUGUCAGGCCGCCACGUUAACGCCUAGGAAUGCCGAGUACGACUCGGACAUGACCCUGGAAGCCUCCGACUCCCAACCUGCUUUCCUCCAGUCUUCCCUCGUCAUCCAAGCCGCCAGGUCGCCUUCUGUCCACGACAGAGAUUGCAACAGUCUUCCAGAUGUUCUGCAGAGCAACCGCACUCUGCUGGCGGGUAAACCCGAAUCCCAGUUCCUCAGGACCGUUCUGGACGAAGACGCCAACGCCGUGGCUGAAGGCAGAGCGGUUGACCACCCUUCCAAAGGCCUUACUCCAAUCACCGAAGAGGAGCUGAGAUCAAAGGAGACCUCGGAGCCGGAUGAGAGUCUGCAGCAUUCCGAUUCAGUCGCUGAUCUCCUCACAGAGAAGGAAGGGUUCCCCCCUCCACACGCAGACAGAGAACUUCCAAGCAAAAGCCAGACUCUUCCACAGCCCAGCGCGCCUCAUUCAGGUUCAGCGGAGCAGGCGGCUCCUCGUCCGCCCGAUCCCACUGCUGUUCGGGACGUCCCGGGUCUGACGGAGAACACACAAGGAGAAAGUCACGGAGAGUCCGAUCAGCCUUCCUCGUCCGCCGCUUCUCCAGCCGCUGAGCCUUCAGCACUCGCCAAACCCUUCCAGCAGAGAGAACCACCAACAUCCGGGAGUGCCGACAGCCAAGCGCAGCCAGACGCGGAGAGUACACAGAUUCCCGACAAGCCAGAGGAGAACCCGGACCUCCCAGAACCAGAGGAGAAGGCGGAGAAUGUUCCAGAAGGAGCAGGAAGCUCCGUGUCGUCGGCCGUCCCGGCAGACGAGGCCUCCGCUGCUCUUUCCAAAACUCAGUCCACGUCUUCUCCCGAGGACAGUUCUGUAAAUAACCAAGACUGUAAGAAAUCUAGAACUUCCUGUGAUGGCGCCGAGCCGUGUCUCCAUCCAGCCACGGAGGAGAAGACGCCUCAUGAAAGUGUUGAUCUGAAGGCGGAAGAAGUGAGCCCCCAGAGCUCAGAGAGCAUCUCUGCCCCCCUCUUCGCUGAGACGCCACCAGCUGAAGGAGACACCGAAGGCCCGGCUGAGCCCAAAGCCGAGCUCCUCGCUGAGCCCAUGGAGGUCACGCCCGCCAACGACAAACCAGAGUCCGCCGUGGAGGAGCAGAGUCCGAGCACCGCCCAGCCCGCGGCGCAGACGGACAGCAGCAGCGCCUCGGGGAGCUCGUCCCCGCGCUCCGUGGACCAUGAGACCGACUCCUCUGGAGCCAAGGUCAAAGUUCGCCCGGCCGAGGAAGACAUGGACCUCCACGUGCCUCACCCACGCAAGAGGAAGAUGCCCAAGCUGUCGCCUCCGCAGGUGUGGUCGUCCUCCCAGCAGGAGAAGGAGAAAGGCCAGCAGUCUCUGGCGGCCAUCGUGGACUCUGUGAAGCUGGAGGAGAUCGAGCCGUACCAGACGGAGAGAGCCAACCCGUACUACGAGUUCCUGCACAUUCGCAAGAAGAUCGAGGAGAAGCGCAAAGUCCUGUGCAGCGUCACGCCACAGCCGCCACAGUAUUAUGACGAAUACGUCACUUUCAACGGAUCCUACCUCCUGGAUGGGAACCCGCUCAGCAAGCUGUGCAUACCCAUGAUCACGCCGCCGCCCUCGCUACCCGAGCCGCUGAAAGAGCUCUUCAAGCAGCAGGAGGUGGUCCGAAUGAAGCUCCGACUGCAGCACAGCAUCGAAAGGGAAAAGCUGAUCGUUUCCAACGAGCAGGAAGUCCUUCGCGUCCAUUACCGCGCUGCCAGAACACUAGCCAAUCAGACGCUGCCUUUCAGUGCCUGCACCGUCCUGCUGGAUGCAGAAGUGUACAACAUGCCGCAGGACGUCCAGAGCGAUGACGGGAAAACGUCAGUCAGAGACAGAUUCAACGCCCGCCAGUUCAUGUCCUGGUUACAAGACGUGGACGACAAGUUUGACAAACUGAAGACGUGUCUCCUCAUGAGGCAGCAGCACGAGGCGGCAGCGCUGAACGCCGUGCAGCGCCUGGAGUGGCAGCUGAAGCUGCAGGAGCUGGACCCGGCCACCUACAAGUCCACCAGCAUCUUCGAGAUCCCAGAGUUCUACAUUCCACUCGUGGAGGUCAACGAUGACUUUGACCUCACCCCGAUAUGAGCAGGAAGGCCGGAUCCCCGUCACGAGCUGCAGCCUGCGCCUCCCGCUAACCAGGAGGAACGUGAAGCACUUAAGGUGUGGCGCCAACACAAAAGGAGCACUUGGACACAUUUGUCCCGCAGAACUCUUCCGGUCCAGCGGAGCAGGGCGAGAAACCACGACUGAGGACUCCAGUCUCUCCUGGAGUGGAGACCAAAAGCCGUCCUGGGUGGAGCGUCCGCCGCUGCGGCUCAUCAAGCAGGGUCCCACAGCUGAAAGAUUUCAAUUGUUUUCAAAGUGUUCAUACAUAGUGUACAGACUCUGCUCUUAUUUUUUUUUAACUUAUUUUAUACAUAAAAAUUGUGCAUUUGUAAAUAACCAUGUAAUUAUUGUUUUAAACUUGUAAAAAACAAAAAGUAAUAGAUAUUUUGAUUGUAAACUCGUUCUGUCUGAUGUUUUAAUGGACCAAAGUUGUUUUUUAUAUCAAGUGUCCUCUUUGUUGGUGAUGUUCUCGCUGUUGUUGGCUUAAAUUCUUAAGCAUGUGUUGUUCUUUUCUUUCCACCGUUCCUUCCUUCCUCAUCUGGAGCUCCACGCCACAGCUGGUGUUUUUGACUUUGGCAAUUAAAUGCUGUGCAUGCGUUGCAAUGUUUGUACUUUUUCCCUGAACAGGCUGUACUGUGGUUACUUAUUUGUGAAGUUUACUAAAGUGUUCCAGCUUUUCUCUUUAAGUUCCUCCUUUCCUUUUCGUUUCAGACAUGGUGUUCUGUCUCUUUUGCGGCCUCCUGUGUUGUCCAUUGUGUCUUGCACACAUUUGAGUCUGUUGUGGCUUUUGAGGAAAAAAGAAAAAUACUUUUACAGUUUAAAUGUGAAAUCACAACAAAUCCUAUUUUUUCAACAUAAUGCCUUUUGAACGAUAGUUCUAAAAAAUGUCUAUUUUAAUAUUUACUUGUUACAUUACUUGUACAUAUUUGUAAUAUAUAAUUGAAUAAAUUUUAUUUGUUGUGAAAUUCA